AUGAUGCGUGCACCGGCGCUUUCACACGCAGAUUGGGUGGCAGGUUUGAUGCUGGUUUUGUUCCUGGAGUUCUCUUUAGCAGGGGAUCCUUCGUCUUUGUUCUUGGCCUUGCGCUUUUCAGAACCCGAAAUCCGCUCCAUCGCUUGUGCCACACGUGGUAGAGAGAGCCUGGGAGGCGCACUUCAAGAGCGGGUUCGCCUUGACUAUGUCGAUGCUGUGCUUCGCCGCCUCGGUGGCGAUGGUGGCAGGGAGAAGCUUUCGCUGCUGGGCUACAGGAUCAGGGAGUCGGGAACCAGUCUCACCUCGGAGUGCGCAGUGUGCGAGAGCCGAGGCUUCGCUCGUCUUACACCUCCGUCGACGUUUCCCCAGAGCUCAACCUCUGCUUCGGGGAAGAACUUGCUCUGGCAGAGUGUGCUCAGGCGGAUGCUCAACAAAGAGCUUUGUCAGCUUGAUUGUUUGCCGCGCGUCACGAUUCCGUUGCUCCCGGUGCACGCUAAAUGUCGUCUCUGUGAGAAUCCUGCAACGUUUGCGGACGGACAGGUCGCAGAUGCCACCUGGACCUUGCAGCAACUUGAGUGGUACAUCAACGAGGUUUCGCAAGGCAACGAGAUACAGCCUUUGUUGGCCGGAACGAUGCAGAUACUCUCAAGCCCGAAGGCUGGCACGAAGCUGCAGCAAGUCUUGUACAAGGAGACGGGCGGGGAAAGACAAAUCAAUCCACAUGCUAUUCAGCAUGCCUUUCUCCAGGAGCUGAACGACAUUCGGCGCAAGCAAGGAGCGUCGGUUGGCUUUGCUGCAGCACCUGCAGAAGCUUUGCCGCCCGCCAUGGGUGAGAAAGGCAAAAAGGAUGAGAUGCUCGCUUGCACCGCCCCUUCCUUGUGGCUCACUGCCUGGAAGCAGCAUGCAUUCACCGCAAGUGAACUGCCAUGCUGGCAAGUUGUUAGCCUCCGUUCGGAGUGCAAGAGACCGGAGAGCCGCCCUCAACAGACGUCGCGGACGCAGAACUUCAAGGACGGAUUCAUGAGAAGUUUGCAGUCGUGCGCAUCGUUGGUAUCGGCAAAGAACUUGGACAAAGACGUGAUAGCCAAAAUGCCAGAGGCUGCCGAAGACCUGUGGCUUCGCACACGGAAAGAUGCAGAAAGUCUACUCAGGAAUCCUUCCAUGACGGCUAGCGAGUUCAAGAAGAAUUCUCAAGAUCUCCAGCGAGUUAUCAAAGACGUCGCCUCCCUCCUCAAGCACGAGAUUCGGCUCACAGAGUCGGAUUCGACCAAAGUAGCCAGGCAAGUGGCGGAGAAGGUGGCUGAAUUGGUGUUAAAAGAUCUGGAAAAGCUGAUGCCCAUCUGUCCGCAUCACCUUUUCAACAAAAGAUGCGAAGCUCACAAGGGAAAAGGAGAGUGUCCGCUGGAGCACCCGGAUGUGAGCAAGACGCAUGAUUCAUGGCAACUCUUGGGCAUCAGUGGUGGAAAAGCAACAAUAUUCCACGGCAUCGGCUUGAACAGCUGGCUGGGCAUUGUGAAUAUUUGUCAACAUAGUGUCAGGACGGGGCAGCCUUGCAAGGGCAAGUGUCGGUGGAUGCACCCCGAGAAAUAUGAGCUGCAGAAGAUAAAGGAGAAGCUGUGGAAUAAGUGUGGUACUUACUACUUCGACUGGGCAAAAGUCGCGCACUUGGAAGUAGUCGCGGAGGUGCUGCUGCAGUCGCUACAAGCAGAAGGAGCAGAUCUCAAGAUCCCCCAUGGGUUUGGCUGCUGCUUCUUCAAGGACGGCGACAAGAUGUUGAAUGUUCGCUUGGCGGCCAUUCUUGCAUCUGCGUUCUUGAACAAGCGUUGCUGUGACCUGGGCCUGGAGGCAUCUACGGAAGUGCUGCUGCGCAUGUGCCGAAGUCUUUACCGCUAUCCCGACCCGCAGGCCGCGGAUUUGGCAAAGACUACUUUGGCAGAAGUGCGCAAUGUUGAAAAGCUGUCGCACACAGUGAGCUGGGAGGUGGAAGGCUGCCAGCCCAAGCCUAACGAACGAUGUUUGCUGUCAAGCUUGUUGGGACGCGACCAGCCUUGGGCGGCCAAUGAGAGACGCUCGCACAUAGGCGGUGGCUCCUCAUCCAGGAUGAGAGCAGAUGCUCCAGCGUACACACCACAAUCUCAGCAGCCUCGACAGCGAGCCUGGUUCGGCAAUGCCGCGCGGGACUUUCACUGGACGCCACCACAUCCAGUGGCAGCGCAACUGGCGGCAGAAGCUACCCAAGCUGUGACGACGCGCCAAGGACCAAUUGGAUCCGGUCGAAGCUGGCAGCCCGAGCUGCAUCAGCCAGCUGCCCGUUGA